ACCCCCCAUGUAGCGAGGCGCGGAGGCCGGCUCUAGCAACGCAAGAUGGCGGACGAGAGUGAGACAGCAGUGAAGCCGCCGGCACCUCCGCUGCCUCAGAUGAUGGAAGGGAACGGAAACGGCCAUGAGCACUGCAGCGAUUGCGAGAACGAGGAGGACAACAGCUACAGCCGGGGUGGUUUGAGUCCAGCCAACGACACUGGAGCCAAAAAGAAGAAAAAGAAACAAAAAAAGAAGAAAGAGAAAGGCAAUGAGACAGAUUCAGCCCAGGAUCAGCCUGUGAAGAUGAACUCUUUGCCAGCCGAGAGGAUCCAGGAAAUACAGAAGGCCAUUGAACUGUUCUCAGUGGGUCAGGGGCCUGCCAAAACCAUGGAGGAGGCUAGCAAGCGAAGCUACCAGUUCUGGGACACGCAGCCUGUCCCCAAACUGGGAGAAGUGGUGAACACCCAUGGGCCCGUGGAGCCUGACAAAGACAACAUCCGCCAGGAGCCCUACACCCUGCCCCAGGGCUUCACCUGGGAUGCCUUGGACCUGGGGGACCGUGGUGUGCUGAAAGAACUCUACGGCCUCCUGAACGAGAACUAUGUGGAGGACGACGACAAUAUGUUCCGGUUCGACUACUCCCCAGACUUUCUGCUGUGGGCUCUCCGGCCGCCUGGCUGGCUCCCCCAGUGGCACUGCGGGGUUCGAGUGGUCUCAAGUCGGAAACUGGUUGGGUUCAUCAGUGCCAUCCCGGCAAACAUCCACAUCUACGACACAGAGAAGAAGAUGGUGGAGAUCAACUUCCUGUGUGUCCACAAGAAGCUGCGCUCCAAGAGGGUGGCCCCGGUCCUCAUCCGGGAGAUAACCCGGCGAGUUCACCUGGAGGGCAUUUUCCAAGCUGUUUACACUGCCGGGGUGGUGUUACCAAAGCCUGUUGGUACCUGCAGGUACUGGCAUCGGUCCCUGAACCCACGGAAGCUGAUUGAAGUGAAGUUCUCUCACCUGAGCAGAAAUAUGACCAUGCAGCGCACCGUGAAGCUGUACCGCCUGCCCGAGACGCCCAAGACAGCUGGGCUGCGACCAAUGGAAAGAAAGGACAUUCCAGUAGUGCACCAGCUCCUCACCAGGUACCUGAAGCAGUUUCACCUCACGCCGGUCAUGAGCCAGGAGGAGGUGGAGCACUGGUUCUACCCCCAGGAGAAUAUCAUCGACACUUUCGUGGUGGAGAACGCAAAUGGUGAGGUGACAGACUUCCUGAGCUUUUAUACGCUUCCCUCCACCGUCAUGAACCAUCCAACCCACAAGAGUCUAAAGGCUGCUUAUUCUUUCUACAACGUCCACACCCAGACCCCUCUUCUAGACCUCAUGAGCGACGCCCUUGUUCUCGCCAAAAUGAAAGGGUUUGACGUGUUCAAUGCACUGGAUCUCAUGGAGAACAAAACCUUCCUGGAGAAGCUCAAGUUUGGCAUAGGGGACGGCAACCUGCAGUAUUACCUAUACAAUUGGAAAUGCCCCAGCAUGGGAGCAGAGAAGGUUGGGCUGGUGUUACAGUAAUCAGUUGCCAGUGAGAUUCUGGAUAAAGCCACUGAGAAGUCAAACCAGGAAAUGGAACCCCACCACUGUUGGUCCAAUUUUCACAAACGUGAGAAUCCCUAGCAAAGGGAACAGAACUGAACCGGCUUUACCAAACCGCCGCUGAACUUGACAAUUGUAUUGCAAUGGCAUAGGCUGCGCGAUGUCACCUUCGGCCGUGUCUCUGGUCUCCCUGUUUUCCAAUUAAUCACAUCCUUCUGCAGCCGUGAUCAAGGGAAUGUAACUGCUGAAAACUAGCUCAUGAUUGGCAUAUUAUGGAGUUAACGGGUGAAUAAUAAAAGUAUAUAUAUAUAUAUGUUAUAUAUAUAUAAAUAUUUUAAAUAUCUUUCAUGUUCCAAAUGUACAAGGAUGUUCGGUCUCUGAUGAAAACUGAAUCCAGAUCAUUCCUCAGAAUUAGAAUCCAAGGACAGUGGCAGACAAACACAUAUUGGUACAGUGAAUUGUUUUGUUCUGAAAGCAGGCUUUGACUUUUCUUGGGGGAGCAGGAGAAAGAGGAUGUGGGGAGUCUUCUCCAGUCCUCCUUCUGGAUGGGUUGAAAUGAUUAGCUUUGAGAAGGCAGGGAAAGGUGGAGGGAUGGUGUUGAGCUCGGGGCGGGCUCAGAGCUCGCUGAACCGCAGGUGGUGUCCUGGAUGGGGCCGACCCUCCUCAGGCUGUCCUGCAGGGACCAGGCCUUUUCCGCAUUCUGACACUGGGCAGCGGGGACCAGAUGUGGAAGCAGAUGUCAUUUAUGGGGUCCCUUCUUCCAUCCUCACCCUGCUCCCUGUGGGAAGUUGUCCUGCCAACUGAUUUUAAAGGGCUCUUUAGCCAGCUGUUGUUGCCAACCUUAUAGGGAUGAGUCCCGCGCGACAUUGUUUUUCCACCACCCGGGGAGACUGGCAGUUUGAAGGGGACCUUUGACCUCCUUGUAGCAUCUGGGACCUUGUGGAGACUGUACCAGUGCAAUCCUUGCUGAGCUCGUCUUAGAGCAAAGAGCCAGCACCCUGGUAGCUCUAGGGUGGCUGGCCAAGGAUGGUGUGGGGACGACACCCAGACCCCUUCAGUCACCAGCCCCUGGGCUGUGCCUUCCGAUCCAUUAGCCAUCUCUGUGCUCCUUUCCAAGACACACAGCCUGCAGGUGGUAGCGAGGAGUGGCGGCCAGCUACUUAUCUGGAUUUGAUAGCGGAAAUGAUCGCGUGUCACCGUGGUGUGAGUCUGAUUUUCGCUGAUGAUGUUUUGUGGAUUUUUGUGGUGGUGGUGAUGGUUAUUGAUGCUGCCAGUCUCCCCGAAAGUGAUGGGGCCUCAGGUCACGUGGCUGUCCGUGUAGGCCUUCCUCCGCUGUGCUCAGCCGAGUAGCUUGGGAAGGGUUGGGCUGUGGGAUUGUCAGAGAGCCCCAUAGAGGCUUGUGUGGAACUUUGCUCAAGGAGAAAGUAAAUGGGAGGAGAUUGGGGCGUGUGUGUGAGCGGGUUCCUGGCUGCUCUCUCCUGCUUGCAAUGGGGAGGAUGCCUUAGCCAGGAGGCCAGGCUCAGCCGGUUCCCACUAACUGAAGCCCUGCUCUGCAGGCUAACAGCGGAGUUUCGGGCUUCGGGUUUGCCAGAGGCUAACUGUGCAGAGUCCCCAGAGCUGGAGGAAACUGUGCUUGGGCUGGACUCUGCGGACUGCUGCCGGGGCCCCCACUCCACUGUCCUGCGUUCUCACCGGCGGCCGCUAGGGGCCUCCCUGCUCCCCGUGCUCCCCGUGGUCCCCGUGCCUCCACCUGCAUGCACCAGCGAUUGUGGCUGACCUUUGACUCCUUGACUCCAAGAUACCCAGACCAAAGAAGCUGCUGCUCUUAGCAAGAUGUUCACUGCAUUCCACAGAGGGAGGAGUCGGAGUGUCGGGACUUGGCUUUACAGCGCACAGACAUAGACAGCCAGCGCCCCAGAUCCCCAGAGCAGCUCACUCUGCGCGUGCGUCUGAGGAUAUCGAAGAACAAAGUGCCCAACUCUUCUUCCCUGCCUUGGGCAGGACCCGGAACUUGGAAAGGCUUCCUGUCCUGGGCUUGGUCAGCUCUGGGCCAGGUCCCGGGCCGAGCCGCUGCUGAGAUUUGGGGUGCACCACAGCCCCUGGCGUGCACUUCACCUUGGCUGACCCAGGUCACAGGCUGGAAACUGUGAGUCCAGGACCCCAUGUCUCCCUCCGGGACCGUGCGGCCUGCUCCGUGGACUCUGCUCUUGUGUCACGGCAGGAACCCUGUCUGGCCCUCAGCACUGCCUCCCCGGUCUGCAGGAGUCGGCUCAGUGCCUGCUCUUAGUCUGUUUUUUGUCUAAACAGUUUUCAGAUUCUUCACUCCACCCUUGCCAGGACUUCAGGUCAGAGACUCAGAGGGAACCGUUGCUCGGGGUGCAGGGCCUCCCCACAAGGAGCCCCGCAGGAUGGUGGAGCCGUGGCUGGUGCGAACCAGACAAGGGAACGAGCCUGGGGCCUCCGAGCUCCUCACCUGGGACCUGCCUCAGGCAGCCAUGGUUGGAGAGCCUCCCGGGCACGGCCUUCACCCUCUGCCACCAGUGCUCCUUACUGGCACCACUGGGCUUUUGGGACUCCGUGUUUCCAGACGUUUACCUCCUGUCUUUGGAUUGACUACAUCUGAGCCCUUGGCACAUUCCCACGGCCUCCAGCUCUGGGCGGGGGUGUACACAAGGCUCGCCCGCCACCCGCCCCCAUGCCUACUUUCAGAGACGCUGACAUCUGGUUUGAAGGCUGGCCCACACCAAGCCACCUCAACACCCAGUUUAUGGGAAAUUCAGGCCUUGCCUGCAACUGUCAUCUAACUGCCAUUGACCCCCUUCCUUGGUGGCUCACUGAAGCCUGGGUGUGGGGGUCCCUGUGGUCUGAAUUCUUUGCCCAAAGAUGACCAGCAUUGAAGCAACCGAAAGGAUGGCCCAAAGGCCUGGGUAGCUUCACGGAGCUGCCCUCUGGGAGAGGGUGAGGACCUGACUGUCAGCCCAGGGGAGGGGGACGAGCAUAUCCCUGGCCAGUGCCUACCCACCCAGGGGGCAGCCUUCCUGUGGCCUGGCCCACCUGCCCCAGAACCAGGGGAGACACCAAUCGUCUUCGGUGUGGCCCUAUAGCGAAGUGAAGCCAGGCCUGCCAACAGGCUGUCCCCGAGGCGGCUGUGUGGGACGGUCUCAUUCAAUUAAAUUCAGAGAUACGGGCUGCAGGCGAGGCGUGCCGGACCUGGGAACAGAGAAGGGGGAAGCUUCACUUUUGUCCAGGCUUUUCUCUGGGCUGUGGGAGGGGCAUCCAUUUCCAGGGUGGGGGAGGAAGUACCAAAUGCAUUGUAGUUCCACUCGUUACAUCUCACUUGUUUCUAAUAAAGGAAGCCGCUGAACCAAA